AUGACGACGACGACAAUGAUGAAGGGCCGAGGCCCUCAGGUUCUGGAGGCACUUCUUCAGCCAGACAGCCUAGUGGAUCUUCUGGAGGAACUAUGGGAGGCAAUGUGGGGUGCAAACGGACAUGCAGGCGCGUCCUCACAUGCACGACCUUCCAACGAGCGCAGGCGCUCGAUUAUCGAUGCCCCCACCAGCUGGGAGGCGUAUUUGCAACGCGGCAGUGCAUUCCCUCUCUACGAUCAGUCAGGAAGUGCCGAGAACGCAUACACAGGUGGAUCCUCACCUUGGAGCCACGAGAGCCUGUUCGAAGACGAUGCAGAUCUGAGCUCCUCUUGUUCGACAGGGCCUGUCUUUAUGCAGCUUCGUCGUCAGGCAGCGUCUGAUGACUCAGGAUCCUCUCUUUUCGAGCUCGUCGAGAUAGAGACGAUCCCUACACCCGAGUUGCCGAACUUUUCACCACAACAUAUCGGCCCCCAAGCACUCAGAACGCGUGUUACUCGUCCCUUCCUUGUACCUCGGAGCGGACGCAUACAUCGUACUCCAUACAGAGCACCCAGUGGAGUGGGCCUCGGUCUGUUUAACGUGCCCGCGCUCGCAUUUAUACAUGCUGGUACCAUUUCGGCAGCGUCGCCGCCGCCGUCUCCGCCUGCUGCAGCGAUGACGAGCACUCUCCCCUCUGGACAAAGGAGGGAAACGAGAGCGCAACGUCCUUUACUUCGUCGCCUUCCUGUAGCCGUCGCGGAACUCGUGGAGGCGGGCAAACGCUCCUACAACCAUGCCAGGCCUGGCUGCAAGGAGGCGAAGUGGCCAGCGAGCAAGAGUGCACCACAGGGUGUUGACCUCGGGAUGACUAAUGCCUCGCAGCUGUCGAGCCUCCAUCCGAGAAGUGUGGAGUGUAGAUCCACUCGUGAGACGCUAGAGCCGACACGGAUCCGUGAGGAUGCCGCCGGGCUUGUGUGGGACACAAGCAUGGGAGGAGGGGGAUCCGGUACACAGGACGUACUGGAAUGGGCUGAGGUAGUCGGCGCGAUGCAACGUCAAGGAGGUAAUAUGCAUUCCUCGUCAUUGGGUGACUUCCGAGUAUUGACAUAUAGGUCGGAUAAUCUUGGCAGGAUGUUAUCGCUGAAGACGAGCUGGUACUCGGGGGACGCGAUUGUCGAGGAGGAGUUGGCUCCUCUCUUCUUGACGUUGUGCCCCUCGGGACGAACGGCGGGAUGUGAUCUUCGAGAAGGAGCUGGCUUCUCUCUUCUUGUUGAUUGCGUCCCCAAGGCGAGCGAGCGGGAUGCAAUCUACAGAGAGCUGGCCCUCUUUGCGCAACUCAGUCAGCAAGAAGGACAUUUGGAAGUUGUAUUCCCCAGGAUCAACACAAGUCGGAGGAUAUCGGCAGGAUACAACGUCACAGAGGAUGGUUCGCUGAGGGCGGGCUGGUUUCCCUUUAUGUCGGGCCUCGUGGUCGAGCAGCAGGCUGUGAUCGUCUGGAAGGAGCUUGGUUCCUUUUCCUCUGUCGUCUCUUCCACGUACGAGUGGCAAGAUGCAAACUUUGAAGGAGGAGGAGCUGAUCCCCCUAUUUGUUCGCUGCUCCCCCCAGACACGCAGCAGGCUACAAUCGUCCAAGAGGAGCUGGCUGCCCUACUUGUCAACUGUGUCUCUGAUGCAAGCAGUAGGAUAUAA